AUGAGCGCUGAAGAACUACUCGAUCAGCAGCUUCAACUGAAGCACAGCAUAUCUCGAGUACUCGAUAACUUUAAGAAGACUGGUAGAAAAAACCUGACACCUGCAAAGACUCGGUCGCGAAUGGCGACGCUCAAGGAAAACUGGAGCCAGAUGCGGAAGGGGCACGCUUCCCUGUCCAAGAGGGCGAGCGCGGAGAUGAAAGGUCACCACGACUACUUGGAUGUCCUUGACGAAAUGGAGGAGGCCUGUCAGACUGCGCUGGACUACAUGACGGAAUGCUUGGAGGAACUAGAGCCGCCCGGGAGUCCGGCAAAUUCUACCGAGGUAUCUUUCACGCGCACAAAUCCGUCAGCGUUCUCGCUCUCACAUCUUCCGCCGAUAAAGUUACCCCCGUUCGACGGGAAAUUCGACGAGUGGGAGCAAUUUCGCGAUCGGUUCCAGUCGCUUAUUACGGAAAAUAAAGACCAGUCAAACUUCGCUCGGAUGCAUUUCUUGACAUCAUGCCUUAAGGGCCGCGCGCUGGAUUGUAUCGCGAACCUGUCGAUCACCGGCGAUAAUUUCGAGACCGCUUGGCGAACUCUCACGUCGCAUUUUGAGAGUAAACGUCGAUUAUUGAGUGUACACUUAUCAACGAUCCUAAACCUCGUUACGCUCGCUCGGGAAUUGUCGAUCGAACUGCAGUCGUUGCGAGAUAAAAUUCACGUUGCCGUGUCCGCGCUGCGAAAUCUCGAACGUACGCCCGAUGAGUUGUGGAACGAUAUCCUCGUACACAUCGUAGUGCAAAAGCUCGAUCCCGUGACGAAAAAGGCGUGGACCGUAAAGACGAGCGAUAGCGACGAUCCGCCGAAAUUCAACGAUUUAGAUCGAUUUCUGCUAGCACGAUCCCAUGCGCUCGAAGAAUGCUCGCCGACAAAACUGAACUCGAAAAUGUCGGGACAGAAGAUAACCGCGUCGACCGCUACAAAGACUACUUUGGCAGCUUGUCCGCUCUGCAAGGCGCGUCAUUUUCUAAGCGCUUGUCCGACGUUCACAGCCGGAAAUCCUAACCAGAGGCGCGAUAUUGUAAAAAAGCAUAAACGAUGUUUUAAUUGCCUAAGCCAGAGUCACUCAGUCGGCGAGUGUCAAAGUAAAUAUUCGUGUCGUACGUGCCAGCAACGGCACCACUCGCUUCUUCACGAUGCGUCAGACUCUCGCGCUGACUCGUCUGCCGCGGUUACUGUCGCGAACACAGCGUCCCCGACGACUCCGCCGUCGCCACCAAUGGAAGAAAAUACCGUUCAAUCUCUUUGCGCUUUGGCGCAAAAUUCUCGGUUACAAGUGCUCCUUGCCACUGCCUGGGUGACGGUAGGAGCUUCGUCUAGCCGCUCGUUCGUAGUUCGAGCACUGCUCGAUCAGGGCUCCGAGAUUACGUUCAUCUCGGAGCGUCUCGCGCAGAACCUACGCUCGAAGCAAAUCACAAUGCCUGUUUCGGUGUCCGCCGUCGGUGGAGUUUCCGCCGGCACUUUCAACAAGGCCGUGAUGAUAUCGGUAUCGCCGCGCGACUCGACCACUCCGGCGUUUCCCGCUACCGCGUUGAUAAUGCCUCACCUCACGUCGUACGCGCCGCGGACGAUGACCGAUUUACGUUCGUUUGCUCACCUCGCGGCUUUACCUUGGGCGGAUUCCGAUCCCGGUAGUGCGGAAACGAUUGACUUGAUUCUCGGCGCUGAUCUUUACAGUUGCGUCAUACUCAAUGGGAUACGUAAAGGCGGUCAGGGCGAUCCGAUCGCCCAAAAUACAAUAUGGGUGGGUGAUUUCGGGUCUGGUUGA